UAUCACCAUGAAAAACACCAGCCUCCUGCUAGUUUCCCUGGCAAUUCUGUCCCAAUCGGCCUACGCCGCCGAUUGGUUCACCCUGAUGGACGCCAACUACGCAUCCAUCCAAACCGGACUAGCCCAGCUGAACAACGCUUCCAACGCACUAAGUCUAGCGCUGAACCAACAGCAACAGAUCAUCCAGAACGCCUACGAUGGGCUAUCCGAGCACGUGAACCGCUCGCUCGUCGACAUCCGGACCCAGUAUCCUUUCGUGAGUCUGACGAGCACCCAGCUUAGUUCGGCUGGAUUCAGAACCUACGUUGGAGGUUUGAUUGCCCAGUUUCGUCAAACGGUGACCAACAGUGUGAUGAUCCCGGCCCAAACCAUCGUGAGCGGAGUUCUGGCAGCGAUGUACGACUUCUACGGCACGAAACAGUACAGUGAGUGCGCCAAGCAGAUGGCUGCCAACUUGAUGCAACCUAGGAUCUCCGUGGGACGGUUUGCCGACUGUCUGCUGGCCAACGUUCCGUAUGUUGAGAAAAUCGCAAAAGUGGCGAAGUUUUCGCUGAACAGUGCGAACAACAUGGUGGACGCUGGUAUUCGACAGCUGAAUUACUGCUCAGUAGGAUCGUUCAACUGUACUUCAGUGAUAUUGAAUGCAUGGCCGAACGAGUACUCCGUUUUGGUUGGAGCGCUGAACAAUCUUCAAGGCAUUUACCCGUACUAUGCUAAUCCUGGAAUUGCCAUCAACAAGCAAUGUGCCACCUUGCUGUCGAUUGACAUGCAGGAUGCCAUUCAAGCAGUGCGGAACAGUGUUUCUGCAUGUUAAAUAAGUAAAAAUCAUCAACAAUCAUUUUUUUUCGUUUGAAAUUUCAACAAAACAAAAAAAAAUCCUUUCGAACCACUACAAUCGUUUGCAUUCCAUCGCAAAAGAAAUAUGUUCACUUCCUUGAAA